AUGUCCGCGGCCGCUGCUCUCAGCGAUCCACAGGGGUCUUUAAAGACUCUCAGAGCACCGCAGACAUCUCCAGCGACUCCCGCAGGCGGUCCCAGUGGGCCUGCGACCUUUACCACGGCUUUAUCUAUCCCCGUCGUGGGCACCAGGCCGAUUUUGCCAUCCACUACAAACUCUGGAUCGACCAACGAUGCCAUCAACACUCACGCAGCCAGCGGUGGUAGCGGGAACACGGGCGUGUACCCAAGCGGGCCUGCUCCCGCGCGCAUGGCGUCGACACGAAUGGUUUCAACGACGACGACGACUGCUCAGAGGAAUACACAUACUGCAGAUGAGAGCGCCAGAGAGCGCGACGAUGUGCCAGACCUCGGGCUUGAACCCAUCAAAGUCGCGAGCGUCCUCGAUUUGAAUUCGGUGCGCACUCAAGCUCCGCGGCCACCACAUUCCACCAGCCAGGCCGCCGCCACGCCGGCAGAUGCUAUGGACGCAGAAUUGACAAAACAGCGUCUGUUUGGACUCGAAGAUUGUCCAGAAUAUUAUCCGACUCCGGAAGAGUUUACCGAUCCCAUGGCCUAUAUUAGAAAGAUUGCGCCGACCGCUCAAAAGUAUGGCUUGUGCAAGAUUGUGCCUCCAGAAAAUUGGAAGAUGCCAUUUGUCACCAACACAGAGACCUUUCGCUUCAAGACUCGGGUGCAACGACUGAAUCAGGUCGAAGCGUCAUCGAGGGCAAAGAUUAGCUUCCUCGAGCAGCUCUAUCGCUAUCACAAGCAACACGGCCAGAUGCGCAUCAUCGUGCCGACUAUCAAUCACGCCACACUCGAUCUCUGGCUGCUGCGCAAGGAAGUCCAGAAACUCGGUGGUUUCACUACGGUCACCGCCGAGAACAGGUGGUCGGACAUUGGCAAGACGCUCGGAUACUCUGCCAUCCCCAACGUCCCAGCGGCUCUGAAACAAACGUACGAGACCCUCAUCGUGCCCUAUGAAAACUUUUUGGUUCACGUCAAGAAUUCUCCGGCGCUGACACCCAAUGGGGCCAAUAACCGCACACCUCCUACUGCGCCUCCCGACUCGCCGACUCUGUCUCGCAUCACGAGUAUGGGUUCGCGAGGUGCGCCCAUGACGAUCGUCGACCAUACCAUGGAGCGCCAAGCAAAAAUGGGCAGCGGCAUCAAUGGCGACGUCAAUAGAAAGGCACGAACGAGGGAAGAGCAAAAUGCGAUGAAUGAGGAUGUGCAGAUGGCAGACGCGCGCUCGACCGAGAAACCGCGCAGCCCCACUCCAGCUCCGACUGAAGCACAUGGCGAUUACUGCGAGAUUUGUAAGGCGAGUGAGAAACCGUCAGAGAUGCUCCUCUGUGAUGGCUGCGACGGCGGAUUUCAUAUUUUCUGUCUCGACCCUCGACUUCCGACUGUGCCCAAAGGGCAAUGGUUUUGCCACUCUUGCUUGGACGGCUCCAACAACGAGUUUGGAUUCGAUGAAGGAGAAGAGCAUACCUUGCCGACAUUCCAAGCCAGAGAUAUGGCAUUCCGAAAACUUUGGUUCGAAAGCCAUCCCCCGUCCGAAGACUCGAUGAAUGCCGAGUACGACGAAAACACGAUCCAAAUAGGAAAUGUCAAAGUCUCGGAGUACGACGUCGAGAAAGAGUUUUGGCGCCUCGUCCAAUCUUGCGAGGAUACCGUCGAAGUCGAGUACGGUGCAGACGUACACUCGACAACCCACGGAAGUGCCAUGCCUACGAUUGAAACUCAUCCACUCGAUCCCUAUUCACGCGAACCCUGGAACCUCAACAAUCUUCCGAUCAUCUCCGACUCACUUCUUCGUUUUAUCAAAAGCGAUAUCUCUGGCAUGACUGUGCCAUGGACAUACGUUGGCAUGGUCUUCUCUACUUUUUGCUGGCAUAAUGAGGAUCAUUAUACUUAUAGCGUAAACUAUAUGCAUUGGGGUGCCACCAAAACCUGGUAUGGUGUGCCAGGCAGCGACGCAGAGAAAUUCGAAGAUGCGAUACGAAGUGAAGCCCCCGAACUCUUUGAAGCUCAGCCAGAUUUGCUGUACCAGCUCGUCACCCUCAUGCGACCGGAUCGCCUCAAGGAGGCGGGUGUCAAGGUUGUCGCCUGUAAUCAACGUCCAGGUGAAUUCGUCAUCACAUUCCCAAAAGCAUACCAUGCAGGAUUCAACCACGGGUUCAAUUUCAACGAAGCGAUCAACUUUGCUCUUCCAGAGUGGCUCCCACUCAACCUCGAGAGCGUUUUGAAAUAUCAACAGUAUCACAAGGCCCCGGUCUUCUCCCACGACGAGCUACUAUGCACAAUUGCUCAGCAUUCGACGUCUAUCAAGACGGCCAUCUGGCUCAAGCCAUUCCUCACGGAUAUGCUUUGGCGAGAAACUAAGCUUCGAAACAGGGUUCGUGAAAACUACCCUGGGAUCUUCGAAGUUGUAGACGCAGUGGACGCUCAAGAAGAGGAGCAACACCAGUGUGUCGUAUGCAAGGCGUUCUGUCAUCUCUCGCGAAUGGGUUGCGAAUGCACCUCGUCUGUCGUUUGCCACUCCCACGCCUCUUUCCUUUGCGAAUGCGAUGUCUCCAAACGAGUUCUUCAGCUGCGGUACAGCGACAAAACUCUCGAAGACAUGGUCAACGAGGUCAUUGAUCGCGCAGCGCAGCCCUCUAACUGGCGACUGAAACUCGCAGAACUGUUGACCGAAUCACCUCGCCCCCUCUUCCGUUCUCUCAAGUUCCUCGCAGCUGAAGGAGACAAGAUCAAUUAUCCCCUUCCCGAGCUCACGAACCUCAAACUUUGCAUCGAAAGAGGCGAUAUUUGGCUUGCAGCGGCAGCCAAUAUGCUACGACAAAAGAAAGAGUCUCGAAGGAAGAAGCGGACGAAGAAGGAUGCGUCUCCUCCUAUCCCAGAGGAUGGCGAUGGUCGAGAGAAGACGCUUGAAGACGCAGAGGCAUUGUUGGCCGAAGUCGGCUUGCUGGGCUUUGACGCGCCGGAGAUUUCGGUCCUCGAAGCUGUGAUUGCCCAGGCGAAAGACUUUAAGCAACGUGCGGGCGCCGUCCUUGAAAAGGUUCGGGAGAAUAUGGACUGGACAGAUGUCGCGCUUCGAAGUGAGAUUCAGGCAGAGUGCCAGGAACUCCUUCGCAUUGGGUGGUCGGUCAACCUUUCGCUCGAUGAGACGGACGAGAUCAACUUGCUUGUCCGAAAACUCGAAGUCCUCGCACAAAUCGAUGCCCUCCAAGAAGACUUUUUGACAUUGUCUGAAGUCAGGCUGCAUUUGGAGCAUGCAAGACUUUGUGGAUUGACUGACGAGCAUCCGAUGCUGCAAGUCUUGCGGGAAAAGCUCGUCUUUGGCGAGGAGUGGGAGAAGAAGGCCAACGCCAUCUUCGAGUCCAAGAUCAAAAACUUGAAGGAUAUGGACGAAUUCACGGACCUCCCUGCUUCUCAUCCGAUGGACGCCUCGGUCCUGUCCAAAAUCAUGUCCUAUCGAUCCAAGGCCAAGGAGCUGGAGAAGUCGGCAAAGGCGCUCAUGUGGCCAGAAGGCAAUAAACGCACCAAGAUCGCCGAUGCACAGCGCUUGAUUGCUCGAGCCGAAAAAGACUUUAGCAUUCCAGCAGUCUCCGAGUUACACCGCGUUUUGGAGUUUGCUAUCGACCUCGAAACACGCUGUGAAGCUGUACUCAACAAGAAGCACCCUCAAUCCGAGUCCGAAUCUGUCUUUGAUGCGGUGAGGAAAUGGCGAGCGUACGCGGAUGAACACCUUACUAGCAAAUUCCAUCUCCCUCAAUACGAGAUGCUCAAGAGCCAGCUCGAUGCCCACGACAAAUGGUACAACCGUCUACCAUUCCCCAAGCCUCGACGCGAUCACGUAGAACAUCUGUACAAGGAUGUUGCCGAAUGCACCAAAACGGAGGAGGAUGCGGCGCCAAACGAAGAGUUCUGUACAUGUAUCUGCACGUUGCCUGUUCGCCCUCCACCUCCUGGAACGGUCUCCGACGCUGUUCAGUGUGACCAUUGUCAAGCCAGGUUCCAUCCACAGUGUGCGGGAGGCUCUUGCCCGUUUUGCGAUCAUCACCACUGGAACGGGUCUCUCCAUCGAGGCAGAUACUAUCAUUCCUUUGACGUAUUGGCAUGCGUCAGGCCCGUCCCAGAUCUGACGCGCAACUAUUCGCGUCUGUGGAAGCAAAUCGAGUUUAUUGCCACUCGCAUUGCUCGCUUGCAGAAUGUCAUCACCCACUUCCUCGCCUUUGCUGCGCAAAGUGGAAACCAACGACCCGAGAUCAUUCCACAGGUCCGUCACUAUAUGCGCAAGCUCUUCAAGAUCCAAGUCGCUAUUUCCCCCAGGCCCAACGUCUCGUAUGGCUUGGACCUCGCUGGCUUGCAUAGGAUCCUCGCAAGCCAAAAGAGGACCAAGAGGAGAAGGCGCGGAAAGAUGGUGUUCAAGCAGGAGAACGAAAAGGAGGCACCAGAUGGCACGCAAUGUUUCUGCCAUGGUACUCCACCCAACACAUUUGGCCCAGAGGUCGCACCGACGAUCAAAUGCACGCAUUGCCUCAAGUUGUUCCAUUCUUGGUGCGUCGAAUUCUGGGGUCCGACGCAGCCCGAGGAUUGGUAUUGUCCAAUGUGCGCUACCAAGCGAGGCAAGACGUAUCGCUCCAUUGAAGUACGCGUUCGCACGCCAGAUGACAUCGAGGCGGGUGAGAACGCCAACUAUGGUGUCUACGUAGACGUCGAGAAGACGCUAAAGCAAAAUCGCGACCUCGUUAAAGUCCAAAUGGGCCAACCGAACAAGCGCAUCAUUGUCCUCGAUCUUAUCCAAUGGUUCCCAGCAGAGGAGAAUCCACCACUUCCAGUUGUGCCAAUGAUCGGCAUGUACCCACAGUCUCAGCUUCCAACGCGCCCUAUCCUACCUCAGGUCACCUAUACGACAUCUCCACCAGAUGCAGAGCCUCCUUUCUCCUCGAAUCAGCCCGUUCCCAUUGCGGCAGGUACAACACCCAGUGGUCAGCCGCAACAACAACAACAACAACAAUCGGCCCAGCAACUCACGCCUGUGGACGAACAAUCGGCGCAACUAGGCAAGAAGCGCAAGCCUUCGAUGGAGCUCCUCCCAGGUGGAGACGAGAAGCGACGCAAAGCCGAGUCGAGUAGCAUGGCUAUCGAUGCAGAGACUAGCGCGGCCAAACCAACAGUCGCGACCGGCUCGAAUGGCGCCUGA